UAGUAAGCAUUUGGUAUAAGCUUAUCGACGUUGACCGAUCAAAACUCUCCGAUGGCGAUUAUCACCACCAAGGCUGCUUCCAAGGACAACCUACUCUCUGACUGGCAGCCUCAAGUGUUCCUCAGUUUCCGGGGGGCUGAUCUUCGCUACGGCUUCAUAGACCAUUUGAAGAAGGCCUUCAUGGCGAAUAAUAUCAGGUACUAUAUCGACGAAAUAGAGCCCCGGGGCGAAAAUCUUGGGAUCCUUUUCCAGAGGAUCAGGGAAUCGAGAAUCGCACUGGUGUUCUUCUCGAAUCGGUACCCAGAGUCAGAGUGGUGCUUGGACGAGCUGGUUGAAAUAAUGAAGAACAUGGAGAACGAUACACUCAGAGUCAUACCCAUCUUCUUCAAAGUGAAGCCUGAGGACGUGAGAGGGCAAAAGAAAGAGUUCGGUGUUGCGUUAUAUGGAGAAGGUCGCCGUAGGAGACCCAGAAUGCCGCAAUGGGAAGACGCUUUAGAGGCUAUUCCCUCAAACAUGGGUUUGGUAUUCCAGGAACAAAGUUCCGAAGCUGAUUUCCUCGCCAAGCUCAUCGAGCGUGUCAAGGAAGUGGAAGCUAUACUUAUAUCAGAAUACAGAGGAAGAGAAGGGUCCUCUUCCUCUGUACCUAUCAGACCCCUUACAUGUAUAGCAUCUCUUCCCCCUUACGAGCAACGACUUGAGCAAUUGGAAGAGAGGUUUGGUUUUGAUCCUGCCGUUACUCAAAUUUUUGGAAUUGUUGGAAUGACCGGGAUUGGUAAAACCAUUCUCGCACAAAAGCAUUUCGAUAAGUGGAAAAAGAGGUUAGCUAUAGACAAGAUGCUUCUCGGUAUUCAUGAGAGGUCGAAGAAUGAGGAAGGGUCGGAUUGGGUGAUUAAAGAUGAUGAUAAAAUCUUCAAAAGAAAAAGUUUCAUCUUUCUGGAUGAUGUGAGCGAGAAGACACAAAUACAGUCUCUACUCGAUAAUCUCCACCGGGUAAAGAAGGGAAGCAAGAUUGUGAUUACAACGCGCGACAAGUCAUGGAUCGGAGAAGUGGUCCACGAUACUUACGUGGUCCCCGGAUUGAACGAAAAGGAAGCAUUACAACUCUUUCACUACCAUGCCUUCCACAACCAAGACUACACUCCCACGCAGAACAUCACUAAGCUGUCCAAAAAGUUUGUGGAUUAUGCUGGAGGCAAUCCACUAGCCCUGGUGGAGUUAGGGAAGGAGCUUUGUGGUAAAAACGAGACUCUUUGGGAAACAAGAAUAGAAACACUGCCGCAUUGUUGCAACGAGAAUAUCAAAAGAGAGUUAAAAAUCAGUUAUGACAAACUGACUGAUCAACAAAAAGAUGCGUUUCUUGACAUUGCUUGUUUUUUUAGAUCAGAAGAUGAGGAUUGUUUAAAAAAUUUACUAGCUUCCGAAGUGUCGCAUGAGUCUGAUGAAGCUGCAGGGGUUAUUGGAGAUCUCGCCCACAAGUUCAUGAUAAGUGUCUCUGCUGGACAAAUCGAGAUGCCUGAUAUACUGUGUUCAUUGGGCAAAGAACUUGGUUUAUUUGCAUCUGCAGACAAUCUGAGAAAGAGCAGGCUGUGGGAUCAUAAUGCAGUAUCUAAAGCUUUGGCCGGUAAAGAGGAAAACGAAGAUAUUACUGUGAGAGGUAUCCUACUCGACGUGUCGAAACUAAAAGAAGAAAUAGCCAUAGCCACAAACAAGUUGACCUUGAUGCCGAACCUGCGAUAUCUCAAAAUCUUUGACUCUAGCUGUCCUCGGCAAUGUAAAGUUGUUGAAGCUGUUGAAUGCAAAGUAUACGUGCCCGAUGAACUUGAAUUGUGUUUGAAAAAUAUUCGAUAUUUCCACUGGCUGAAAUUUCCAUCGAUGGAACUUCCACCAGACUUCAACCCGGAGAAUCUUGUUGAUCUCAGGCUGCCAUACAGUAAGAUUGAACGAGUUUGGGAUGAUGUGAAGGAUACACCAAAUUUGAAGUGGGUUGAUUUAAGUCACUCGACAAAGUUGAUCGACCUGUCAGCUUUGUGGAAAGCUGAAUCUCUUGAAAGAUUAAAUCUUGAAGGUUGCACUAAUCUUGAACUAUUUCCAAAAGAUGAAGGAAAUAUGAAGAGUCUUGCUUUCUUGAAUCUCAGAGGAUGCACAAGUCUCUCGUUUCUUCCAGAGAUGGAGAAUUUUGACUGUCUUAAGACUCUCAUCCUCAGUGGCUGCACAAGCUUUGAAGACUUUCAGGUGAAAUCUAAAAAUCUUGAAUAUCUACAUUUAGAUGGCACCGAAAUCACGGACCUUCCCCAGACGAUCGUGGAGCUCCAAAGACUUAUCGUAUUGAAUCUAAAAGACUGCAAAAUGCUGGAUACUCUUCCAGAUUGUCUCGGCAAGCUGAAGGCUCUUGAAGAACUAAUACUCUCUGGCUGUUCAAGGCUUAGGAGUUUCCCUGAAAUUAAGGAUAACAUGGAAAAUCUUCAGAUUUUAUUGCUAGAUGGGACGAAAAUAAGGGACUUGCCAAAGAUAUUAUUACGCUGUGCUAACUCGGUAGACCAAAUGAAUCUCCAACGGUCACCCAGUAUGAGUGGCCUAUCCUUGUUGCGACGGCUAUGCUUAAGCAGAAAUGAAAUGAUCAUCAGCCUGCAAUCUAGUAUUAGUGAUCUCUAUCAUUUGAAAUGGAUCGACUUGAAGUAUUGCACGAAACUGCAAUCUAUUUCGAUGUUACCACCAAAUCUUCAAUGCUUAGAUGCGCAUGAUUGUACCUCACUUAAAACAGUAGCGAGUCCGCUAGCACGUCCUUUGGCAACAGAGCAAGUGCCCUCCUCAUUCAUUUUCACUAACUGUCAAAAACUAGAGCACGCCGCAAAGAAUGAAAUCACAUGCUAUGGUCACAAUAAGGGCCGGCUCCUGUCAAAAACAUUGAAUCGACACAAUAAGGGUCUUUGUUUUGAAGCUUUGGUUGCCACUUGCUUUCCUGGAAGUGAAGUUCCGGAUUGGUUUGGUCAUAAAUCUUCUGGAGCAGUUUUGGAGCCUGAGCUGCCUCGACAUUGGAGUGAAAAUGGUUUUGUUGGGAUAGCUCUAUGCGCUAUUGUCUCGUUUGAAGAACAAAAAAUUCGGAACAACAACCUCCAAGUGAAAUGCAUAUGUGACUUCAAUAAUGUAAGGACAUCCUCUAGCUACUUUAAUUCUCCCGUUGGAGGUUUAUCCGAGACAGGGAAUGAGCAUCGCACGAUCAAAUCUACUCAUGUGUUCAUUGGCUACACCAAUUGGUUGAAUAUCAAGAAAUGUCAAGAAGAUGAUGGUAAGAAGGGUUGUUUUCCUACUAAGGCUUCAAUUAAAUUUCAAGUGACAGAUGAUAUUGGUGAGGUUAAGAAUUGUGAGGUAUUGAAGUGCGGUUUUAGUUUAGUUUAUGAAACUGGUUCUUGGGAAGCAAACACAAGGAGAGAUGAUGUUGAACAAGGUGAAGUUGAGUCUCUUGAGAAGAAGAAGGUUUCUAAAAUUAUGAUGCCAAAACUGUGGUGCAACUACAAUGCGGGAUCAUAAAGUCAAUGGUGAGGAAAGCUGUAGCUCCACAAUGAGCUAGAUAGAUUCGUUUCUAUCUAUUUUUCUUCUUGUAGCAAAACUUUGAAAGGCGAUUGUUAAUGUCACUCAUUGGACAACAGUUUGUUUCUUGUUUCCCCAAUAAGAAAAACAUGAACGUCUUAAACAACUGAAUAUAAAAAUAUUUAUAUUUUA